AUGAGUCUGGAACCCACUCAGACGGUCUCUGGUACGCCGCCGAUUUUGCCUCAAAGAACGCACAAACACGUAUACCCAUUGCGGAUGGAGACUAUCCCAAUCUCAGAAUCUGAUUCUAAAACCACAUUUCAAACCAAUGAGCCCACCCAAGAGGAUGAGGAGGAGGCCGAGUAUUUCGACGGUAAACAAUCUGUAUCGAACCUGAGUCCCGAUUUGAAAUUCAAAAGACACAAGAAUAAACACAUUCAGGGAUUCCCCACUCUGGGCGAAAGACUGGAUAACUUGCAAGACAUCAAGAAGGCUAAAAGAGUGGAAAACUUCAAUUCGUCCGCGCCAUUGGGUGAUGACAACCGCAUUAGAGAUGGCAAUGUGAAUGCCAAUUUAAACACAACCGCGAUGCCCGCUCCUUACAUGCCUUAUUAUUAUUACUACCACCCCAUGAAUGCUCCCACUCCUGCAAUGAUGCCAUAUCCCGGAUCGCCAAUGCAUUCCAUGAUGCCCAACUCUUCAUUGCAGCCCUUCUAUUCCCAGACAACUGCUGCUGGUGGUCCCGAUAUGACUACUCCUCAAAAUUUGUCUUCGUCGCAACAAUUGCUGCCUGCACCGCAGCUGUUUCCCUACGGAUCGUUCCAUCAUCAACAACAGCAACCACACUACAUUCAACGAACAAGAGAAAGGAAGAAAUCGAUUGGAACUCAAAGGGGUAGAAGAUUAUCCAUGUUAGCGUCUCAAGGCAAUGGCGGAAGCACUAUCAUAUCUCCGCAUAAGGAUAUUCCCGAGGAAGAUUUCUACACAGUAGUUGGGAAUGUGUCUUCUUUUGGUAAAAAUCUGCAGAUACGACAGCUUUUCAAUUGGUGUUUGAUCAGAUCUUUACACAAAUUAGAGUCCAGGGCCAAAAGCCGAGAGGAGGAAGCAGAACUGGAGCGUCAGACCAAAAAAUCCAAGCUGGAAUCAACAAAGACUGAAACCGAUUACGUGGAUCCUAAACGUCUAGCUAUGGUAAUAAUAAAAGAAUUUGUCGAUGAUCUGAAAAGAGAUCAUAUCGCCAUAGAUUGGGAAGAUGAGGAAAAAUAUGAAGACGAAGACGAGGAGAAAGCCCUAGAUGAUACUGAAAACUACGAUGACACUGAACUGCGACAGUUGUUUCAAGAAAAUGACGAUGACGAUGAUGACGACGAUGAGAUGGACUACUCAGAGAUACAAAGAUCUAGGCGUAAAUUCAAUGAAAGGAGAAAGACAGUGUCCAAUGAACCAAAGAAACUACUCCCUAAUGGUAAGAACGUGGAGAAUACCAAGAACUUAAGUCUUUUAUUGAGCAAGGUGAACGCAAUAAAAAAUGAAGUAAAGGAAUGGGCGACCACUCUAGAUACCUCAAGACCAGACCUCGAAUGGCAAGAAUUAGCGUCAUUGUCAUCCCAACCGCACGACCUGGAGUCGGAUACGGAAGAGGCAAACGUUGCCUUUAAAGAUAUCGAGACAAAGUUGGAAACAAAAGUCGACGAGUUAAGGUACCAAUCGCAUAUAUUAAACUCACAUUCAUUGGCCUUGGGCGAAAUAACGAACUCCAAGUUGGAUAAAUUGAACACGGAAACGAUGAGAAAAAUCUCCAACGAAACGGACGAUGAACAUUCACAAGCUAUUAACUCUCAACAAUUAUUGAAGGGAUUGAGUGUAUCUUUCAGUAAAAAACUGGAUGUAUGA